GACCGCGGAGGGGUGAGGGCUAUCGCGGCGGCGGCUGCGGGAUGGAGUUCAGCUACCGGUUCCGUUAAAGACUGGCAUCGGCUGCGGCGGCAGUCGAGAGAAGGAGGGAGCGGACCAUGAAGGGGGCUCUGGGCAGUCCAGUAGCCGCCGCCGCAGUCGCCACCUCCGUGAUGCAGGAGAGUUUCGGCUGCGCGGUGGCCAACCGCUUCCACCAGCUGCUGGACGACGAGUCAGACCCGUUCGACGUCCUGCGCGAGGCCGAGCGGCAGCGGCAGCGGCAGCAGCAGCAGCAGCGCAAGAAGCGCGACGAGACGGCGGGAGCUGCGGGAGGCGGCGGCGGCGGCGGGGGCGCGGGCCGGAGACCCGCCUCGGCCGGGGCUGCGGGCCUUAGACUGAGUGGCGGCAGCGGCGGCGGCAUAGGCGGCAUCGGCGGCGGAGGCGGCGGCCGGAGGGAGUCCCAGAAAGACCGCAAGAUCUUCUCCUCCCCCUUCUCCCAGCCCGACAGCUUUGGGGGAGGCCCGCAGCCGCCCGGUCAAAAGCGAGCUGCUAAAAGAGGAGAGCAGCAGGCAUGGAAUGAUAACCGAGGAGCAGAUGUAAAACUGGAUAAGACAGAACGAAGAACUUAUAGGGAAUAUCGACCCUAUGAAAUGGAGAGACAAGUGGAGUUUACAGUGGAGAAGUUUACAAUUGGAAAGCCAGUUGAAAGAUUUGAGAGGGAAAGACCAAUUAGAGGCCGUGGAGGCAUAAGAGGUGGAAUGCGAAGCAGAGGAAGAAGUGGUGGAAUGAACAGAACUUUUGAUGGGUUUGACCAAAGAGGGAAGAGAGAAUUUGAAAGACACAUUGGUGGAAAUGAUAAAAUUGAGUUGGAACAAACUGCUCCCAUGGAAGAGAGUGCAGAAAUAGAAGAGCACCAGGGAGUACCUGAAGGAGAAUCUUUGACUAAAGUCGCUGAAGUUGGGGAGCUAGUGGAAGAAUGUCAAGUUCAAGAAAUGACCUUAGAUGAAUGGAAAACCCUUCAAGAGCAAAAUCGACCAAAGCCUGAAUUCAACAUCCGGAAGCCUGAAUCCACUGUUCCUUCCAAAGCAGUAGUGAUUCACAAGUCAAAAUAUAGAGAUGAUAUGAUAAAGGAUGACUAUGAGGAUGACACCCAUGUUUUCAGAAAAGCAGCCAAUGACAUCACAUCCCAGUUGGAGAUUAAUUUUGGUAAUCUGCCUCGUCCUGGGCGUGGAAGCCGAGGUAGUAUGCGAGGUCGAGGAAGAAUCAGGAGGAUGGAAGAAUCUGGAUCCAGACCAGAAGUUGUGACACAAAUAAUCGCUCCAAACCCUGAUGACCCUGAAGACUUUCCUGCUUUAGCUUGAAAGAGCCCUCAUUCAACAGCAUCAUAAAGUAGCUUUGGCACAGCUAUGGGGAAAAAAAAAAAAAACUUUCCUUGCUAUGGGGAAGAGGGAUAGUCUCAAUUUAUGAAAACAAUAGAAGUUGCUUUUUUCCCCUUGUAGUAUGAACUUGUUGCACUUUUUGAUUUGGGAGUUUGAGGUAGGUGCAAUUCCAGAGAUUCCUUAGAGCAUGAGGUUCUAGAUUCAUUAAGAACCUUUUGCAAGAAGGUGAGGGAUGAUGAUCAUUGUUAUACUCAAGGGAUUUCAAAUAAAGUUCAAGAAUGAUGUUUGAGGUGUGUAUAUAGAGAAUAUAUUGAAAUUUUUCACAAAACUAAAGGGUAAUAUAAGCUAUAAAUUAUAGUCCAUUGUUCAGGCUACAUCAAGCCCGGUAGACACGGGAGGUUGUUUUGCUUCAUUAUUAAAUUAUAUAUAACUUGGACAAAUUUAAACAGUAACAGUUAUUUUCAGAGACCAAAAAAUUAAAAUACAAUUGAAUUAAUGGUUUUUCUUAUGUGUGUGUAAAUGUUAUGUAUCUCCUAAAUGUUUUUGUUUUCUUUCAUUUGCAAGGUAACUUUCAACUCUAUGCCCUAAAAGACACUUUAAAUUUUUUAUUAUGCAAAUAUUGGUCACUACCUCAUGACAUGCCAUAUUUUUAAAGGGGUCAGAGAUUAUUGGGAAGGCAGGAGGAAAAAGACCAAAGCCAGGUAGGCUGUAGCUUUUAACAGUGCCUUGAUCUUUGUGGUGUUUUCAAUAAUGUUAGAUCUUACUAAGACGACAAGAAAAUUUACUUAGUGCACAGAUAAAAAUGUUCGCAUAGUCUCUAGCUUGAAGAACAAUUGUUUGAUGAAUAUAUAUCAUCUGAUAUAGCCCAUCAAGCCUGCAAAAAAAGGGGGGAAAGGAAAAGGAGAUGAUAAAGGGGAAAAUAGGUUAGUUGGUGGCAGUGACAAAAUUUAUCAUACUUGCCAUAGCCUUUUCUCCUUCUAUGUCUAGUUUUAUUUCUGCCUCCUAGAGUCCAAGAUCAAAAAAGCCACUUCAAGUUGCUGCUACAGAAGAUGGCAGAAAUGUUCUUAUCUGCUGCUGUCUCCCUGCCUCCUUCAUCUUGCUCCCUUUCAUAAAAUUCAACCAGAUUCAUUGAUUGUCAUUAUCAAAAUAGGGAAGAAUGUGAAACAACUUCAUCCCACUCUAUUCUUCAACAUUAUAUAGGUUAAAAGAAAGAGGGUAGCAAACUAUUGUUUAAUAAACAAAAAAAUUGUGUGGAGCCAUAUAAAUAUUAAGUUCCAAAUGUUUUUAAAUUAUAUCUAGCUCACCUAUUUUUUGUCCCUUGGUAUUAAAUUCAUAUUUGAACACUAGGGGUAUGUUAACAGGUUUUGUAUCAUUUCUUCCCUUUGGUAAACACACUAAAACAAGACUGCUAAGCUGAGGUAAAAAGAAAUCUAGUAAGAAUGAAUGUCAGGUUCAAUACUAUCCGUUAGUAUCUUGUGGGAAUAGUAUUCACAUUCAUUAAGUUGUCACAACUUAUUUCUCCUUGGUAUGUCUCAGAAGAAACUGGCAAAAUAGAAAUAGUGUGAUAUAAAAAACAUCCCUCUGGAUGUUGGUUACACGUGGUGAUUGACUUGACUUCACGUUUAGCCAAAAUGCUUUGUGCUUUUCAAACCUUAAAAUGCUGCACCAUGUCGCUUUGUCUCAGAUGGCAUACUUUGCCCGUAGCCUUAGAACAAAUUUAAUUUGGGGGAGCAUGGUUUUCAAAGGGCCUGUUUUCUCAUCUGAGCCUCUUCAUGUAUUUUGUUAACUAAGGCUGACCCGCUGGGUGCGUAGACAAAAAUUGUAGUGUAUGGUGGUAUGGUUUUGUUUUAAUUUUCUAGUGUACUAUGAGGAACUGUCUAGUUCCUAGAGAAAACCAGAAAGCAAGGAAAUUUUUAUUCAGUACUUUAUUGUAGCAGUAGAGGAUAAGCCUGUGGGGAGGAAUAAGAAUUUAGCUGUAUAUAUUUGUCAUAAUUCUUUUUAGUCUCUACGUGGGUUUGAAAACAGAUUCGUCACUUACCAACCUAUUUCUAGGGCAGGUGGUGCAUAUGUUUUUCUUUUAACAACACAAGAAGAGAGGCAAAGUUUCCCAGGAGGCAUACUAUUGGAUGCUGUCAGGUCUUCCUAUUUACUAAAAUAGUUUGUUCAAUAAGAUCAAAGUGAUCUGGAAGCCCUUCAGGCAUUUUAAAUUUGUAGCAGUAGAAUUCAAAAGUACACUAAAAGGGGGAGGAUGGGUUAGAUUAAAACAAGAAUGAAAAAACUGCAAUCUAGAUCAAGGUGCUUUACCUGGGGGCCCUGAAUUUUGUUUGACUUUUAACAACUGUUUUCAAUGUAAUCAGUUUCCUUUGUAAUCACAUGUAUUUUACACACUAAAUUUAAGAGCCCCAAAUCUAGAUACUGUCUGACACAUAUGUAGGUAGUAGCUUAAUGAAUGCUCGUUGACUGACAAAAAUCUAGUUGCUCUAAGCCUACCAAAUAUAUGAGUUAUAGAACUUCUGGUUACUAAGGGUAAGCCAAUUCUCUCUUGUCUGUAUGAAAAUGGUUUACAAGUUCAUUUCCAAGGAAAUAACAACUGCUGGAGUUGGGUUAGAUAUGUCUUAAUUUUUUUUGAAAACUGGUGGUGUGGUUUGAUUUGGAAGAAAAAAAAAGUCACCAGUAACUGGUGAGAAGUGAUCACAAUUUUUGUUCAAAUAUCAUUCUAUUUUGUUGUGAAUAGGUUUCAUAACCCUAUAGUUUGGAUAUAAUUUCAGGUACAAUGGUUUUAAAUGCCAGUUGAACUGAUCCUGAAGUGUAUCACAUGCCUAAUGUUAAAUAGUGAUUUUAUUGAUCAAUCUGUGGUGGUGACACUGUACUACUUGUGAUCCCAUAUGGAUAAAUGCUACAGCAUCAGCAGCAUUUUGUACAUAUUUCUCUACCCUGUUUUGAACUCAAUAAAUGUUUCCUGUAUUUGUUCCUGUGAAUAAAUGUAAACAUUAAGUGA